UGGACGCCUCCCAUCCGGAGUCAAAUUCCACGUCACCUUUGUUGCUCAGCCCAGCUUGUUCAUUCCCAUCUUUUUAUUUAUUCUACCGCCAAUCUGCGAACAAAAGAAGAAGGUGGCUUACCUGAAACAGAGUUUGUGCCUGCUUUGAGUAACGACUUUGGCUUGACGGCAUUUCACCUUUGCAAACCAGGCUUACCUACAUUUACGUAUCUCACCUCUGCGGACCCGUUGACAAUUUGUCCCCGUUGCAACCCCUCCGACCACCGACCCAAGGUACUUUACCACCGCCACCACCACACCUUUACCUCCCAUUCUACUUGUUGAAGCUCACCAAACCUCCAGGACAUAAAACGUCGAAUAUUUCUUCAGCUAGUUCUCGCCGCAACACAUACCAAACGCAUCCACACAACACAUCGCAUCACAAUGGCUGCUCCUGCCACAAAGACGAUCGCCGACCUCAACGGCAAGUGGGUCAUGAACAAGACCCUCUCCGAUUCUCCGGAGCCUGCUCUCGCCCUCCAGGGCAUUGGCUGGAUGACCCGCAAGGCUGUCGGCCUCGCCACUGUCACCCUCGACGUCAAGCAGUACACCGCUCCUCCCUCCCCUCCUGGCACCGGCACUGAGGCCGUCACCCACUUCGAUAUUGAUCAGUUCGCCACGGCCGGCCUCAAGGGCACCACAGAGAAGCGCUGUGUCGACAAUGAGUGGCGUGAGCAUUCCGACUGGAUGUUUGGCAGCGUCCGUGGUCAGAGCCGCUGGAUGACCCUCGCCGAGAUUGAGGACGAGUUCCUCAAGAAGGGCUGGCUCGAGGGCGACGCCGAGGCCACCGGCCCCGAUGGCAAGGCCCACCUCUACAGCCACGUCGAGAGCAUCGACAACGGCUGGACUGCUUCCCAGAUCUGGGGCUUCCAGACCGUCGAGGGCGAGAGACGCUACACUCGUAACGUCCUCGUUCAGAAGGGCGGCAAGAGAGUCGAGAUCCGCCUCGUUUACGACUACCUUCCUUAAUUCUGACGCACGCGGCGUUUUCUGGGAAAUUCUUGCAUUGGGGUUGGAUGAUGGGACCGAUCGAACCACACACGAAGUAUGGCUACUACACGCACUUGCAGGGCGCCUAAUGCCGUUAUGCUCUUGGGCUAUGAUAGAUAGCACGGCGAAGAGUAGACUUUGAGAGCAUGCAUAACAAAUAAACCC